GUAAUGAAUGGUUUUUUAUUGCAGCUUCAUCAAUCACCAUCCUUUUACUUAAUAUGUACAGUACAAGACAUUAGGAAAACUAUAGGAUAACACGCUUAGUAGGAUUAUAUAUCUAUAUAUAUAUAUAUAUAUAUAUCCUAUGGAUAGAUGUCGUUCACCCAAAUCGCCUUUUUCUGUAACCUCUUAUCCCUAAAUUUUAUGGCUGUUUGUACUGUAUUUCUACAGCUGUUUGUACGCAUUUCUGUCCAAUAAAUUAAAGUUUUUUGGAGUCACGUAUUAAUUUUUAUCAAAAAUUAAAAUUUAAAAUAACAUGAUGAUAUAUCUUUAAGACUUUUAAUAUUCAAUUCAGAUGGAAUGAUUCUUCAAUAUUUUAUUCAAUUUCACUUAUAAAUUCCCCAUCAUAUUGAUUGUAACUAUUUCUAUUAUAUAUAUAUAUGAUGUGAAAAAUGAAAUGAAAAUCCCCCCAAUUAGAUUGUAAAAGAGAGAUGAUGGGCAGGAUUCAGUUUGUCUGUAAAUCCUCAAUCCCAGCAUCCACGCGUCCUUUUGUAUCCAACGAUUACUGAUUACAUUUAAACCAAAAAAGCCAAAACUCACGCCCACUCUCACCCACACAAUGUGGAACAGUCCACCAAUCAAACCUCACCAUUUUUCAAAUCUUGUAAACUGAAUCUGACGCGCCGAGUUGGCAAGUGUGGUGCGUGUGUGGGUGGGUAGGGUAGAAAUUUUCGAAAUGUUUGUUUCGUUGGCUUUUAACUGUUUCAAACCGAAUUCACAUGUUCUGUCCGAAUAACAAAUCACCACGUGUACUAAUUCUCGAACCUUUCUCUGACUCAGUAGGUCCCAUUUCUUUUUCCAUUUCGGUUGGAAGAAAAUUAUGCUUCAGCCCUCAAACAAAACCACGUGUCCUUUCUUUUUCCAGGGAGUGCUGGACAGAUUUAAUACUUUGAUUGGCUGACACGUAGGGCCAAUCACAGACAUCAAUUACACCGCCAAGAUACGCCCACUUUUUCUGUGGGUCCCAUUCUUUUAUUAAAAAAAAAUUAAAAUCCAACCAAUCAGCUUCUAACACUGUUAGAUUGUGCCCUAGACACGUGGUGUUUGCCAACCCAGCCACUGAGCUUCCGCUAUGAUUAUCGCUCUCCGGGGAACCAAAAAAAAAAAAAACUUCCACACAAAAAUACCAUCAGGAACUUUAGAGAGAGACAGACACCGAAAAAAAAAAAAAAAAAAAAAGGGAAAAAAGAGGAGGAAGAAAAACACAAAGAAAGUGAGAGCAUCUCGGCCGUACGGCUUGAUGGACGGUGGAAAUGGAUGGCACAUGGCUAGCUGUGGUCAUGAUAAUACGAUAAUCAAUAGGAUGAUGCUAAGAUUCCGGCCGAUCGCGCCGAAACCGGCCUCCGGAGGUUCUUUUCCCGAAGGAACUUCGCAGGAGAACAAGAACGGUUUACUUCCAGGGAAAAGAGUGAAAAGAAAGUACGUUAGGGUUAAAAAUAAUCCUAGGAGGAGGAAGAAUAAUACCACUACUACUACUAGUACAACUAGUCCUAGUAGAUCUUCUAACUCCUUAGAUCAUAACUCCAAAAAAGUAGGAUUGGACUCCGCUACUAUCACGCUUCAACUCAUGCCGGAAAACACUGACGGUCAAGAUAAGCCGUCUAGUGGAUCUAGGUUUGAUAAUCUUGAUCGUGCGGUUGCGAGCAUCCCUCUCCAGGAUAAUCCCAAACCACCACCGACGUUGUGGAUUAACAAUAUUAAUUUUAACAACAGCCACGUCCAGAUCAACGAUAACGGAAUCGUACAGCAUCGGACGGUGGAGAAGGCGGCAGUUCCGCCUAUAAUAGUGGAGUCGUGGGUGACGGUGGACUUCGUGACAGACACGUGCAUGGAAGUAGGAGUAGGAGCGUUAGGUAGUACGGACGUUGAGAGAAUAAAUAAUCUGGAUAAGGACACGUGUCCAGGGUUUGUAUCGGACGGCUCGGAUAGAGUGAAGUGGGUGAACGAAGCGUACAAGAAUAUGGUGAGGCAACAGGUUCCGGUGGGAAAAAGUUGGUUACCGCCGGAGACUAUGACGGUGUGGCUAAUCGUUACUAAAACCAAGUUGCCUAAUACGACGUCGUUUACUUGCCUAGUGAGUCUACGAUACUACUGGCUGGGAAAGGAAAAGUGUUUGAAAAUGGUUCCCUGUGAUGUGUGGAGGAUGGACUGUGGAGGGUUUGCAUGGAGGCUCGACGUCAAGGCUGCUCUAAGUUUGGGUCUAUCAUGACUAUAUAACUCGACUCUCUAAAUAUCAGG